AUGUCGGACGACGAAGUCGACCAUGAGCUCCUCGACCUUCUACGUGCACGCUUCGGCAUUGGCGUAAAGGACACUGGACCACCGGAAACUAAAGUCCUCGAGAAUGCACAAUUCAUAUGCGACAACAGCGUCGACGUGGCGCUGGACAUGCGCUCCACCAAAGUCGCAGCACAACUCAUCUUGGACGAAAUGUCAAAACGCGAGUACAGCACGUCUACCUGGUCCGAACAUGAAUUGCAUCCAAAAGCCAAGGACGAGAACACUGUCAACUUCAUCUUCACCAUGGAUUUACUCAACUUUAGCUUCUGGAGUGAGAAGCCCGAGGACGAAAGAUUUGCCAUUGUGUACAAGGGAAAGAGAUGGACCGGCUAUUGGAGCCUAGUCGCACUGUUGCAAAGAGCACUGGAGCAAGACAUUCCUAUUACAGACCCGGAGUUUUGGAUCGACGAGGAAAAAUGCACAGACGAUGUCUUGAAGACAGUCUUUAGCUCUGGCAUCGAUGGCGCCGAAGAGAUCCCACUAUUCAACGAGCGCAUCCGAUGUCUACGAGACGCCGGCCGUAUAUUGGAAGAGGAAUUCGACAGCAGCGUGGUGACACUUAUUGAAGACUCCAAAAACUCCGCAGCAGGCCUCGUCAACCUGCUCGCCGAGAAGUUUCCCUGUUUUCGCGACGAAGGCACGUUUGAGCGCAAAAAAGUGCGCUUUCUCAAGCGCGCGCAAAUCUUUGUCGCCGACCUGUGGGCCGCCUUUGACGGCGAGUCCUACGGCGAAUUCAACGACAUUGACCAAAUCACCAUGUUUGCCGACUAUCGCAUUCCGCAGAUGCUGCACUCUCUCGGCAUCAUGUGGUACUGCCCACCCCUCGAGAACAAGAUUCGUCGCCUGGAGGUCAUUGAGUCCGGACAUCCGUGGGAGAUGCAGAUCCGCGGAUGCAGUAUUUGGGCAGUGGAGUUGUUGAGACGCGAGAUCGUGAAAACCAAGAGUGAUGCGAAGGUUAAUGCGAUUUUGAUUGAUUUUUUCUUGUAUGAUUUGGCGAAGGAGAAAGAGAAGGAUGAUGAGAGUGGGGUUAUUCCGCAUCAUCGGACGAGGAGUAUCUGGUAUUGAGCAACUUGAAAGAGUCCUGGCGUUCAGUGUCAAUGUCAAAAUAAAGGGAAUGUCUGCGCACGACGAUCGAUCAGGAUAUCGAAGUCCAACGUCAAAGAAGACUAUGGCCUCACUCGCCUGCAACCCA